AAACUCUGGAUGACAGCAAUUCAUCAAUUUUAGUCAAAAUGCGGUUAAAGUUUCACCAAUUCUUGCUGUGUCAUUAUUUUGUGUAGCAUAGCGCUGUCAUUUAUCCCAUUUCUUCCCAGAUCAAGUAUUUGAUAAUCUCCACUAGUGCUAAAGAUUUCCCAUCACUGAAGCUUGGAUGCUAUGAGGAUCGCGGAGGAUCCGAACGUGACAUGGGGGAUACCAAGAGCAGCAACACUAACACUCCGUCACAGUGUUUAGCAAGAUGUUCCACGCUUGGGUUUUUAUUUGCGGGCUUACAAUAUAGAMGUGGUUGUGCAUGUGCUAAUAAAUACGGUAAAUACCAAAAGAAACCCGAUGGAGAUUGUAGCUUGCCUUGCARKGGAGACUCAUCCCUCACUUGUGGUGGACAUUGGAGAAAUGCUGUUUACUGCAUAGUUCCACAUUACGCUAGAUUCCUGGGUUGUUAUAAAGAAAGUGUACCGCGUGAUUUAUGGGGUCUGGAAACAACAGCAAGCACUAAUCGAUGUCUCAAGAUUUGUCAAUCAAGUGGAUAUGCUUAUGCCGCUGUACAAAAUGRCAGCCGUUGCACAUGUGGAGUUAGCUACGGUCGAUAUGGCAAAGCAGACCCUUUUACAUGUAACUGUACCAAAGACAACAAUGCAGUAUACGAGACUGAUGGCACUUGGAAGAUAAAAGAGGUAUUCUACGGAAAUUCACCGAAUAGCCUGCCACUAUCGAGACAAUAUGCGGUUUAUACCGAAACUUCAGUUGAUGAUUUGUACUUGUGCAUAAGCUACUGCGAGGCGAACUUGCUCUGCAAGUCUAUCAACUACAAUCACGUGACCCGUACCUGCGAAAUGAACAACGUGACGUCAUUGGAAGGGGAGUCCAAAGCUCGACAGARCUUCUAUUACUAUGAGCCGGUUGGGAAAAUUUUCACAAAUGAUCUAUAGACAGUGACAUAAUUGAUAGCUUUGGACAUUUUAUUUAACACAGUACUCUACCUUUUAGUUACCUAAAAUUGCUAGGCGAUUAAUUAAAUGCACGCGCUCUUUGUUUCGAUGGUAAAGUUUUUAUGUUAUUGUAACGAGAUACAUUGUAACCCUGAAGAUGACCGCGUAGGUCGAAAGCUAGGUUUUACUUUAUUAAACAGCAAGGUUGAUGCAGCAAAGUACACCAUGAAGCUUUGAUAUCGUUAAGACAAGAAUACUACACCGUCAUUCCAUUGUGAAAAUCUUGCUACCGUAAAAAAAAUUCCAGGUUGAACAAAACAGAACUCUUAACAAAAAAGAACUGGAAACUGAAUUAUCGCUCCGAGAAAAAUCCGAAUUACGUUUUUUGACUUUGUGCACGCUUAAUUGUAUACUUACUGACUGACCUUUAUUAUUAGUGGACAGUAGAAAUAUAGUUAC